GUCUUCGUCAGGCUCAUCGAAGUUAGCUGAGGUUUAUCUCUGUGUUAUCUCUUCGUUCCAAGUCUUCUUUAUCCGAGAACACAGAAGAAAAGACUUGCGUCUCCCAGCUACAUACAUCACCCCUUCACAAGGUCUGUGACGCCAUCGCUGCCACCAUGGAGGGACCUCAUCCAAGCCUAAUUCUUCAGCUAGUUUUUCUGCUGGUACUGCUCGGCGCCCACUGUACCCUCUCUAGAAGGGAAAACAGACAGCAGGAUGGAGAAAAUUACGUAGAAAAUCAAAGACGAGGUUUUGAAAGCCCCGUGAAGGAAUGGAAGAACAAGAGAGGAGGAAAAGGAGACUCAGAAACAGAGACGCAGCCGCUUAGUGUACACAGACGGAGGAACUGGGACGAUGGCAGAGCACAGCAGCUAGAGGCACAUGCAGGAAAGCCUCCCAAGCCGGACGGUUUGGGAAAGAGAGAGCGCAAUACCAAAGCGAGAGAGACGAUACAAAAUACGAAAGAAAACGCUAGAGAGAAAAAUAUAGCUUUUAUGGGCGGAGAAACGCAAUCCAAGAGGAAUGCAAAUGUUAAGAAAAUAAAUGGAGGAAAUAUCCCAGGGAGCGAAGCGAGAAGAAGGAAUACUAAAGUGCAUAAAACCAAAAGUCAAACAUAUAAAGUAAGAAAAAGGCUGGAAGAUGAUCAUAAUAGAAACAAGAAGUUAAGGAAGAAAAAAUUCCCCAAAAAGGCCGAGUCAGAAAAGAAUUAUUACAAGAAACAUAGAACAGGCGACAGCCGACGUAGUAAAUCUACAAAUACAUUAAAGAAUGUGCAAAAAACUGGAAAGAAAACUAACAAGAAAACUAGAAACAAGAACACUUUUGACGAGGAGGAGGAGAGAAAGAAUAGAGUGCAUAGAACGGGUGGGAAGACAGCAUACGAACACGGAAGUAAGGAAGUUGAAGAUAUCGCAAGAACUGAGAAGCAAGCCAAGGGAGAGCCACGAAGCGAGGAAGAGUCACCGGAGAGAAAGCAACGGAAGAAUAAGAAAAAGAAUAACUCUAGAAAAAUUGCAAAUAAUCGAAGAAAAGCAGGCAAAUGGGGAAGAAAAAAACAUCCAAACCAAAAAACGAGAGGCCACUUAAAAGAUCAUAUUAAUAAAAUUAAAAGUCAAACUAAAAAAUGGAUGACCAGGAGGAAGUCAAAGUCAAGAACCGACGCGGCAGCAAGCGGUCGCCAUCGCCAAACGGAUAUUCAAGCCAAAAACAUUGGAAAUUAUCAAAAUCAAACCCUAAAGCAGACAAGAACUCUAAUAACCGAUAGAAAACACCAAGAAAGACCCCGGGGCCAAACUCGAGGGUUCGACUAUCCUAUGUACCGCCUGUCAACCUGCAAGAUGACCCACACUCUCACAGCCAAUGAGCCUUUCCUCCUUACCUCCGACUCCUCCAGAUUCGCCAGAAGCUGCUUCAACACCUUCAAGGGUCCACCGGGGUCAAGACUCACAUUCUCCUGUCCGGUGUUUGCUCUGGGCUCGAAGGGCUGCAAGGCUGAGAGGAUCCAAAUCAAGGAACCCGGCAAAAAGUGGAAGUUCUGCAAGACGGAGGUGGUGUUUCUAGAGAGCUUGGGCGACACCCUCACCGUCCAGCACCGUCGGAAGAACCUGGCCAAGAAGGACUGCCCGGGCGUCUUUGUCUGUGAAGUGGCUGUCGCCAAGGGCACAGAGCCGCCCACAGCCCCAGCUCUGCUUCCGGCUAUCGCUACAUCGCAAUUCGAUAUCAACAACCAAUUUACCCUCGAAGAAAUCCCCCACAUCAUCGUCCUCCCCGAAUCGGAUAGUUCUAACUCUUCCUCAAGCCCCAUCCUCGACGCCUUCAACUCGACUACGGCAAGUCUUAAUGCGACUACCAACAUCAGCGUCUUGAACUCUACCACAGCAAGUCCAAGUUACACCACAACAACCAACAUCUUCAACACCACCACGACAAGUCUUAACACUACUACAACCACCACCUCUACCUCCAGUACCACCACCUCUACGUCCAGUACCACCACGACAACCACCCCCUCUACGUCCAAUACCACCACGACAACCACCACCUCUACGUCCAGUACCACCACGACAACCACCACCUCUACCUCCAGUACCACCACAACAACCACCACCACAACAACAGCCACCCAUGUGUAUAACACAGUUGCCCCAAAUGGGACACAUGAAGUCAGGCUCCUCUUCCUACCCGGGUCGCUCACAACCACAGCUUCACCACUGAUCUUCACUCACACGGGAAGCAUCGUCAUCGAUAACUUCACUUCCCCCAUCUUCACUACGACAAGUCAGAAUAUCAAUUUCACAGCCAUUGCCACAACAAGCGGUCCUAAAUUUACCACAGCCCCCAACGUCAGCGACUUCAGCACCACCACGACAGGUCCAAGCUCAACCACCACCAUGAGAGGUUCAACCACCACUAUGAGAGGUUCAACCACCACCAUGAAAGGUUCAACCACCACCAUGGCAAGUUCAACCACCACCAUGAGAGGUUCAACCACCACCAUGAGAGGUUCAACCACCACCAUGGCAAGUUCAACCACCACCAUGGCAAGUUCAACCACCACCAUGGCAAGUUCAACCACAACCACCACCAUGAAAGGUUCAACCACCACCAUGGUCUUCCAAGGAAAUAGUACACUAGUUGGCUCGGGGAUUCUUCCAGUCCUGCCUGUAAUCGGUGGAACACCUACAGGACCCUCUGGAGGACAGAUUGGAGUACCUGCACCGAUUGCACUGCCCAACCCAAUCGGGUUACCUGCGCCGAUUGCACCGCCCAAACCAAUCGGGGGACCUGCUCCGAUUGCACCGCCCAAACCAAUCGGGGGACCUACGCCGAUUGCACCACCCAAACCAAUCGGGUUACCUGCGCCGAUUGCACCGCCCAAACCAAUCGGGGGACCUACGCCGAUUGCACCACCCAAACCAAUCGGGGGACCUGCGCCGAUUGCACCACCCAAACCAAUCGGGGGACCUGUGCCGAUUGCACCGCCCAAACCAAUCGGGUUACCUGCACCGAUUGCACCACCCAAACCAAUCGGGGGACCUGUGCCGAUUGCACCGCCCAAACCAAUCGGGGGACCUACGCCGAUUGCACCACCCAAACCAAUCGGGGGACCUGCGCCGAUUGCACCACCCAAACCAAUCGGGGGACCUGUGCCGAUUGCACCGCCCAAACCAAUCGGGGGACCUGCGCCGAUUGCACCACCCAAACCAAUCGGGGGACCUGCGCCGAUUGCACCACCCAAACCAAUCGGGGGACCUACGCCGAUUGCACCACCCAAACCAAUCGGGGGACCUGCGCCGAUUGCACCGCCCAAACCAAUCGGGGGACCUGCGCCGAUUGCACCGCCCAAACCAAUCGGGGGACCUGCGCCGAUUGCACCACCCAAUCCCCCACCAGGUGGGCAAGGCCCGUCUCCGCCGCGAUUAUUUUGCAGUAAGUGUACGCCCGGCCACAUCACGGUGUCAAGGAUCGUCGGCGGAGAACCAGCCAGCGUGGGAGAGAUGCCCUGGCAGGCAAAAUUGAUAGUGAGCGGCGUUAUGUGCUCCGGCACACUCAUCAUGCCCUCCUGGGUCAUCACCGCCGCACACUGCUAUCGCAACGGGUAUCGCGACACAGAUGUAACACUGGGAGAGCAUGACCUGGACGUGGAGGAGCCGGGAAGCGUUGUCCUCAAGAUCAACAAAGUUAUCCCUCACCCGAAGUUCGACAGUUUUACUAUGGAACACGACAUUGCCUUGGUGGAGCUGAAGAGUCCGGUGACAUUCUCAGACAGAAUCAUGCCCAUUUGCCUAGCCCAAUCCCAGGAUUUCGGCGACUUCGGGACUGCCAUCGCCUCCGGCUGGGGACACAAUUCUUACGGCGGGUCGAGCCCCCAAGUGCUGCACAAAGUGACUCUCGACAUCAUUUCCAAUAAGGCCUGUGAUGACCUCUAUGGCGGCCUCUACGAUAUCUUCGACACUAUGAUGUGUACCUACACCGAAAACAAGGACGCGUGUCAGGGUGACAGCGGAGGUCCUCUGGUGGUCCAGGCGCCUGAUGGCCAGUGGGUGCUGGCGGGGAUAACCAGCUUCGGGUACCGGUGUGCACACAAGGACUCUCCUGGUAUCUUCACUAGGAUUUCUAAGUACCAUGACUGGAUAUCCGCCAAUACCUACCAAGAGAACUGCUGAGAUGGUUCCAUGCCUGCUAUCAGGCUUCCUCAUCCUCCUACCAGGCCUCCUGAUACUGUUCAACAUCAUUAAUGCAUCUGCAUUUAUCUUCCAUGUCUUCCAACACCUGUGGAACACCUGUUGAACACUUGUUGAACGCUUGGCAAUUAUAUAUACGAGAGGGUUACAUUUCCGUGAUAUAAGUUAUUUUUUUUAUCUGAGGGGCACUAACCGUAGUGGCCUCGACGAGGACAGGAAGCCUGCGACUUGUUGAAGAAUGUUGGAAAAGUUUGACUAAUGUUGUUAACAGUUAUAUAAGGGAGAACCUGCCUAUUAUUAUCUCAACAGUCAUACCUCCUAUUGUUCUCAACAGUUUAUGCAGGGGCCCCUACCUACCUAUUACUGUUCUCAACAGUUAAUGCAGGGGCCCCUACCUACCUAUUACUGUUCUCAACAGUUAAUGCAGGGGCCCCUACCUACUACUGAUCUCAACACUCACGCAAGGGGCCCUACUUACUACUGUUCUCAACAAUCAUGUUGGGAAACCCUGUCGACCUGAGUUUUCAACAGUCAUGUAUAUGCGCAUGGUCUACUCGUGUUCUGAACAGUCAUGUGGGGAGGCACCUAGUUACCUAUUCAAGUUAUACCUUGAAUAUCAACCUUGCAAUGGUUUCGAGAAUCAUAUUCCCCUCACCACCCCCAUCCCUCUGACUGAUGUCUGACCAACCAAUCUAUCGAUGCUUACGAAGAACGUGUCAAAUUACAUCCUGAAGGGACAGCAUUGAAAAAUUUAUGUCCCUGGUUCUGAAUACUCUUCUCUCGUGUAUAAAUUAUAACAAAACUAAGGCAAGGAGUCAGAUACAUAAUAGGUGUUCAUGACAUUAUAUAAACUGCUUUUGAAAGUCUUGUAGGUAUCUUUGUGUUUGUGUGCUGGCUAGUAUGCUUGUGUACUCACCUAGUUAUGCUUGUGGGGGUUGAGUGUUGGCUCUUUGAUCCCGCCUCUCAACUGUCAAUCAACUUGUGUACAGAAUCUGGAGCCUAUUGGGCUCUAUCAAAUCUACAUUUGAAACUGUGUAUGGAGUCUGCCUCCACCACAUCACUGCUUAAUGUACUCCAAUUAAUUCCUCUAACACUGAACCAAAAUAUUUUUAAAUUGUCUGGCUCAUUUGGGUACUGUCCAACCAUUUGAGCUGGACGGUAGAGUGACAGUCUCGCUUCAUGCAGGUUGGCAUUCAAUCCCCGACCAUCCAAGUGGUUGAGCACCAUCUCUUUCCCCC